UAAAUUAUAAAUGCAGAUAAGAAUUAGUCAAAUUCUAAAAUGGAACGUAAAUAGUACAGACGAUUUUACUCAAGUCGAAAAUAUCAGUUUUAACAAGAAGUUAGUGAUGUUCCUUCGUUUCUGCCAGUUGAUUUAUCAAUUUAUAAAAAGUUUUUAAUAACGAAAACUUACAUUUUUAAUCGAAGACAAUGAAGAGUGCGAAAAAUGAGGAAUGUGUGGCUUUUCAAGACAAAUUGCCGGAAGGCACGUCAGUUUUGGAGUCUCAAGUCGCGGGCCACCCUUUUGACACGAAAAAAAAUACAAUUGGGAUGCUGAAAAGUCAGAAUGGUCGAGUAUUAAAGCCAGUAUCAAAACCUAUUCUAGGUGAGCGAGAAAUCUCCUUUUAUGAAAAUUUACAGACAGCAUCAGACUCUACAUCUUUGGAAUUGUUGGGAUUCACACCUUCCUAUUAUGGAACUAAAGAGAUGCAAUUUUCUGACAAAACUGUGAAGUUUCUUGAACUGGGAGACAUCACAAACGGUAUGGCCGAACCUUGCAUUAUGGACAUUAAAAUCGGAAAAAGAACUUGGGAUCCUUUAAGUUUUCCGGAAAAGAAAAAAUCAGAGCAAGAAAAAUAUUCCGAAUCAAAACGUGCCUAUGGAUUUUGCAUACCAGGAUUUCAAGUCUAUCGAUUAACUGACGGUCAGCUAAAAAAGUUUGGGAAAGAUUAUGGUAAAAAGCUGAACGAGAAAUCUAUCAUUGAAGCAAUAGAAAUAUUUCUCAACGCUUCUCCUGGAAAUCUACCGAACCGCGACCUGAUUUUAAAGAUUCUCUCGCCUCUGUCGAAAAUACUUUCCUUCUUCCGGUCGCAAAAGAAAUUUCGGUUUUACUCGAGUUCGCUCUUGAUAGCUUACGACGCCAAGAGGCUGCGCCAGUCAAUUCGUAUAAAUGGUGACCUGGAUAAUCCAUACGUAUCAAUGAAUCGAAGCGGCACCUUUUCCUCUUAUGCUCCGCGUUCCGGUGAUAAACCGAUUCCGGUUUCUGAAAACGGAUCAAAAAGUAUUUCGCCGGAAUCCUUUUCUCCGCCGAAAACUAUCAGAAGCCGAACUCUCGACAAGUUUCAACAACUAAAAAGAAGUUUGUCGAGUUUCGAGAUACCAAAAAAGGAAGUCGAGAAGCCACAAACUUCCAGACGUGUUUUGAGUCUUGAGGUCAACAGGCUCUGCAGGACGCAUUCUUAUACUCACAAUUUCGAUAAUGAUAUUAUCGAAAUUAAGGAAGAUUAUGCUGCAAUUUUGGCAGAACUCUGUGGCAAUUCUGAGGAACAGCAGAAUUGGGUCAGAGUUAACAUGAUCGAUUUCACUCAUGUCUUUCCUGCUGAGGACGACGAGCUUGAUACCAAUUACCUAGAAGGUAUUGAAAAUCUUAUAAAACUCUUUGAAACAUUUUUGGCGUGAUGACUGACGAUAAAAAGGAGGAUUUUUCGCCUUAAAAUUUGCUCUAGAUUAAAUUAAGGUUAUCGCAAAUUUAAUUAAAUAGUAAGUGUAAAUUUUGUAAAGAUUUUUUUUUCUUAUAGUGGAAUAAGAAAGUGCCAAUAGAGGUCUAAUUAUUAUAUUAUUAAGUAUCAUUGUGAAAUUGAUUGAGAUUUUCUAAACUGGCUACGUACUCAAAUUUUAUGUAAACAUUAUAAAUAGCUGGGUGGUCGUGUGUCAGGAAAAAAAACGGGAAAUCAGGGAAAAACAGGGAUUUUGAAAGAAAAAAAAUGGCAUGAGUCAGGAAAUUUAUGCAAGAAAAAAUGUAUAAAGAAGGGGCAACUGGUUUCAAUCAUUUGAAGGUAUUCCAAAGGAUUUUUAAAGACUGUUGAACAUUUUUUUUUAAUUCGAAGGAUUUUUUACGAGCUUUAGAAAAAUUCGAUGGAUUGCAAAAGACUUGAAAGAAUUUGAAAUACAUUAUUUUAGGGUAUUUUAAAAUAUUACGUAGAAUUUGGAAUAGGUUUCGAUAAUUUGAGGGUAUUCCAAAGGAUUUUCGUCUUUUGAACAUUUUUUUUAAUUCCAAGGAUUUUUAUGAGCUUUAGAGAAAUUCGAUGGAUUUCAAAAGACUGGAAAGGAUUUGAAAUAUAUUAUUUUAGGGUAUUUUAAAAUAUUACGAAGAAUUUGAAAUAGAUUUCAAUAAUUUGAAGGUAUUU